GCGUAGGACUUGGAGACCUGAAGGAGGCGGGUCCGCGCAAGCGCACUGGCACUGAAGUGAUGGCGGCGGCCGAGCGGGCCUGGGGAGCAGCGGUCGGUGUAGCCCGGCUGUGCAGGCGGUUCUGUCAUGUAGCGACUCCACACACCUUUAAGAAACGACCUCUGCACCAAUAUGUACGGAGACCACUUUUCCCGCCGCGCACACCCUUGUGUAACACAGUACGAUUCAUGUUUAUUCAGACACAAGACACCCCAAAUCCCAACAGCUUAAAGUUUAUACCAGGAAAGCCAGUUCUUGAGACGAGGACCAUGGAUUUCCCCACCCCUGCUGCGGCUUUCCGCUCCCCUCUGGCCAGGCAGUUAUUCAGGAUUGAAGGCGUGAAAAGCNUCUUCUUCGGACCAGAUUUCAUCACAGUCACAAAGGAGAAUGAAGAGUUAGACUGGAAUUUACUGAAACCAGACAUUUAUGCCACAAUUAUGGACUUCUUUGCAUCUGGCUUACCCCUAGUGACCGAGGAGACGCCUCCACCUCCGGGAGAAGCAGGCUCUGAGGAAGAUGACGAAGUCGUGGCAAUGAUUAAAGAACUGUUAGAUACUAGAAUACGGCCAACUGUGCAGGAGGAUGGGGGCGACGUGAUCUACAGGGGCUUUGAAGAUGGCAUCCUGGUGCUGAGCACCUACCCAGACAGCAGCAGAACGGAGAUGGAUAAGAUAAAGAACUGUGAGUCGGUAGGCACAGCUGAACAGAGUACUGUAGCCGAAACACUUUGCUGGUACUGCUGCCAUUUCCUUUGUGGCAUCGACAGGUUUGCUGCCAGCAAACAAGGGAGGCAAGGCACCACAACCACACUUCGAUUCUUGUGCAGUAUCACUCAAGUCGUCUUCCAGUAG